AUGAAAUCAACUCGUCCCAGCGCUCAAGGGUUCUCAGCGAACCGCGCUGAUACAACCCAUAAUUCUUUUGUGUCCGCGGGCGAUCUCCCUCCCACACAAGACAGAGCACUGUUGUCACUAUCCUCUGACAUCUCCGCGACUUUGGAUGUUCCUGAAUGCCUUGCACUGGAUGCACAUUGCCUUGUGACCGAAGUUGAACUGUGGCCACUGCACAGUUUAGAUGAUGGUACUUCAUUAUCUCAGGCGUUGUCGGAUAAUACAGGAUCGAGUCCACUGUUCUGUGAACGAGAUCAAAAGCGCUUGCGAAAGACUGCUUUGAGCGAGAACUUGACAACUAGACUGGUUGAUACCCAUGCAUCCCUUCCAAGGGAACGAUAUUUUCCCGAGCAAAUGGAGCUCUCGCGUGGGGAUCUCGCUGGUCUUGAAAUUUCAUCUAUGGGGAUGGGAUGCGAAGCAAUCCCCACCGGGUUCGAAUAUUCUCUAAUCGGAGGAGACUAUCCGACAGGCAAGAAAGAGUCGCAUAUCAUUAUUCGAGAAAUCGUGUGUGAAGCAGCCGCCGACUUCACAGUCGUUCCACGGAGAGACGCAGUUACCCGCAGUUAUAAACGAAGAUCUUUGUCGCAAGUGGUUGAGACAUGCUUUGACCUGUCCAGCGUGGCCCACGACAGGCAAACCCAUCUUUUGCAUGGUUUUAUCACCUCCUUCUUCGAAAACUUCCAUGACCUUUGGCCUAUAUCCUGGCGACAAGGUUUCGAUUAUGACUCUGUUGAACCUUUUUUGUACCUCGCAAUGACUUCCAUUGGCGCCAUGUACAGUGGUUCUUCGCAUGCAGCUGCAUAUGGUAUGGCUGUUUACCAAGAAUUGCGCCCAAUCCUUCUCAACGCAUGUCUGACAUGUCCCGAAACCCCGGUCAAAACGGAAGAGAUAUUCGAAGCUAUCCUCCUGACCGAGAUAAUGUCGUUGUACCUGGGUCGCUUCCAGGAAUCCAAAUACAUUCGUGAAGCCAGCACUCUCCUUGUAUCCUAUGCACAGAGGAUCAAGCUUUUUUCAGAACUCCCGGACCAACGGGGUCUUGUCGGUCACUGCGAUGGCAAUCAAUCUGAAGAGAGCCUCUUCCGCUGGAUCCGCAUGGAGAGACGACGGCGGCUGGCCUUCGCGUUUUUACAAUGCGAAACUUACUCCAGCAUUCUUUUCCACACACGGCCUCUGGUUUCGCAUCGCGAUUUUGACUUGAAAAUACCCUGCAGCCAGGAACUAUGGACCUAUGUCGGCCCAGACUGGCGCGAGAAGAUGUUGACUGCUUCUCAGGCGGCAAAUUCGCACACACUAUACGCGGACCUCGUUCACACCGCAACGGAUGGCACCUUCGGAAACUCUGCAGCACUUGAUGCCACAUCAAGCGAGCUUAUACUUUGCGGGCUACAGAUGUUGCUGCGAGAGGUUUCUGAACAAAACAGUCAUUCCAUCAUGCAUUCUACCCUUGCUUUCCAAAUGAUGAAUCCUCAACAUCACUCUGCAUUCCUUUUUGCGGCCGAUGGAAUGGCGCAGCAACAUCUGUCCCCUCGGUCUUGGACGAGCAUUCCCUACUCAGACCAAUCUUCAAGCUCCUCUGCGUCGUCACAUUUUGUUUCGAGUCAAAAUAUAUAUCCUGCGGAUUAUCAACAAGCUUGUCAAUCGUUGAACAACUGGAGAACCAUACAAGAAGUGCUUGAUCUUAUCUCUCCCCCGCACACCACACGCCCUGCACCGUGGCUCCUUUACCACAUAGGGUGUAUUAACCUUCAUGCUGAUAUUAAUGCUCUGCAAACACUAUUUGGCUGUUCCGGGGAAUCUAGGAACCAAGCAGAAACGCAAACCGCCGAAAAGAAAAUAAUGUCGUGGGCAUCCAGCUACGCGGCAAAGGUCGCACUGCAUCACGCAUACCAAAUAUGGCAAGUGGUAGAAACCAAUCUGCAACGAAAUGAGAUCAACAAUGCCUCGAACUCGAAUCACAAUCGUCAUAUCCUACCUAUUAUCUCUCUUUAUUAUGCGGGAAUGAUCAUGCGCGCCAUGGCUGAUCUUUAUCCCGAGGGGGAGGCUGAGAUCUGGUCACCUGAGAAUCCAGGCGCGGGGUCCGCGGGGUUCUGCCUCCCAAGGGGCAAUAUUUACGUAAUCCUCAAAAACAUCGGCGCGAUAGCUCCGAAAAUGAGUCCCAUGUGGGAGCCUGUCUCUGCCCUUAUUCUGAAAAUACAGAUCCUGUCGCUGAGCCCGAUGCCAACACCCUGGGAAUCCAAUCCAGGUGUUGAUAUAUAUCAACAGCCUGACAGACUGGGUUUAUGGUGGACCGGUAACUUGGGUAACGGACUGAACGGACUGGAUGCCAAUGGGCUUUUGUUGGGAUCACCGGGAAACGAGAUCUUAGGAAACGGAGAGGAAGCUAUCUGGAAACAAGAUCUGAGACUAAACUAA